AUGCCCUGUACACUGUUCCAGGAGCCAGAAGCUCCGCCAGAACCAGUUAAAGAAGAGACAAUGUCCGUGUUCAUCAACUCAUCCAUCCUUGAAUUGCUCAACGAAACUGACGACAAUCGUCCAGUUUUGAGAACUCUUGAGAAGCUUCUGGAGCGUGGUCCAGAGGAAGAUCGUGAGUCGUCUGCUGACGAGUUGAAAGGCUUGAAAGAUGUCGAGAAGUUUGUGAAGAAGUUCGGAAGACGUAAUAUGGAAAAGGAGCACAGUCUGGGAGUCAAUAUUCGAGUUAACGUCAAAAUCAUUGUCAUCACAGUGGCUGUGUUCGUUCUCUUUGGUCCAAGUAUUGAACCAAAGUUGCCACUAUGUGCCAAACCAGAAGAUAAGGAUUGUAUAGGUAAAGUGCAGAUGGCAUUCGAGUUGGCAUUGUCUGGACCAAUUUUGCUUCUUAUGCACUUGGUUAUGAAAGCCAAAUCGAAAAGAGUCAUGGCUGAGAUCAGACAUCAAAGAUUCAUUUGGGAGGGGAUCAAUAACUUGAAAAACCGGAUGAAAGAUGACUGCGGACACAAAAUCAUGCUCUCCGAAAUUACACGUCGUCAAAUGGAUGCUGUAAAAACGAUGCAUGACUAUCUAGAGCCAAUGAAACUGAAAGUUAAAGUUAUGGCGAAUAGAUUCAAUCUUACGGAAAUGUUCCUCCACCACAUCUUCUUUGCGUACCUCUUCACGCGGUUGAUUGUCUCUGGUAAAACGAUUUUAUCUGGAGUUUAUAUUCCAUUAGAAGUCACCAACAUCGUUUGCUUCUUCUAUAUGCUUAAGAAAUCCUGGGAAACGUAUUUCGUCGUUAUGGACCAACUAUUCGAGUACACUGGAUAUGACGAAUGGAUUGAUGAGAAGCUUGACUUCUUUUUCUUUUGA